AUGGAAAAAUUACAAGGACAUAGAGAACUAGAUAGGUCUUGGCAACAUAACUUUUUCUAUCCACUUAUCUUUCAGGAAUAUAUUUAUGUAUUUGCAUAUGAUCAUGCUUUAAAUAAAUUGAUUUUGUUGGAAAAUGCGAUCGACAAGAAAUACAGUUUACUAAUUGUAAAACGUUUAAUUACUCGAAUGUAUCAACAGAAUCAUUUUAUUCUUUCUGUUAAUGAUUCGAACCAAAAUGAAAUUUUUGGGCACAAACACAAAAAGAAUUUGUAUUCCCAAAUGAUAACAGAAGGUUUUGCAGUCAUUGUGGAAAUUCCAUUUUCCCUACUAUUAAUAUGGUCCCUAGAAGGAAAAGAAAUAGUAGAAUCUAAAAAUUUGAGAUCAAUUCAUUCAAUAUUUCCUUUUUUAGAGGACAAAUUCUUACAUUUAAAUUAUGUGUUAGAUAUAUUAAUACCUUACCCUGCCCAUCUAGAAAUCUUGGUUCAAACUCUUCGCUAUUGGUUGAAAGAUGCCUCUUCCUUGCAUUUAUUACGAUACUUUCUUUACGAGUAUCGUAAUUGGAAUAGUCUUAUUCGGCCAAAAGAAUCCAUUUCCCCUUUUUCAAAAAGGAAUCGAAGAUUAUUUUUGUUCCUAUAUAAUCUUGUUGUAUAUGAAUACGAAUCCCUUUUUGUUAUUCUACGCAAGCAAUCCUCUUAUUUACGAUCAACGUCUUUUGGAGCCCUUCUUGAACGAAUCCAUUUUUACGGAAAGCUAAAAUAUCUAGUAAAAGUCAAAGUUAAGGUUUUUGGGGUUAUCCUAUGGCUUUUCAAAGAACCUUUUCUGCAUUAUGUUCGGUAUCAAGGAAAAUGCCUUCUGUCUUCAAAAGGGACAUCCUUUCUGAUGUAUAAAUGGAAAUAUUACUUUAUUGCUUUCUGGCAAUGUCAUUUUUCUGUGUGGUCUCAACCAAGAAGAAUCUAUAUCAAUCAAUUAUCAAACUAUUCCCUCGACUUUAUGGGUUUUAUUUCAAAUGUGGGACUCAAUUCUUCAGUAAUACGGAGUCAAAUGUUAGAAAAUUCAUUUAUAGUAGAUAAUAUUAUUAAGAAGUUUGAUACCAUAGUUCCAAUUAUUCCUCUGGUUGGCUCGUUGGCUAAAGCAAAAUUUUGUAAUGGAUUAGGUCAUCCCAUUAGUAAGUCGGUCUGGACCGAUUUAUCCGAUGCUGAUAUUAUUGACCGAUUUGGACGUAUAUGCCGAAAUCUUUCUCAUUAUUAUAGUGGCUCUUCAAGAAAAAAAAGUUUAUAUCGAAUAAAAUAUAUACUUCGACUUUCUUGUGCUAGAACUUUGUCUCGUAAACAUAAAAGUACUGUACGUGCUUUUUUGAAAAGAUUAGGUUCAGAAUUUUUGGAAGAAUUCUUUACGGCGGAAGAAAAAGUCCUUUCUUUGAUCUUACCAAGAGAUUCUUCUACUUUAUCAGGAGUCUAUAGGGGGCGUGUUUGGUAUUUGGAUAUUAUUUGUAUUCAUAAUUUGGCCAAUGAUGAAUGA